AUGGCCUCCCCAAUUGAAAUCACAAUCCAAAACCUUACCGGCCGAUAUGCCAUUAACAGUGCUCUGUCCGAUUCGAUCGAGCCACUUCUUGAACUUCAAGGGGUAAACUUUUUCGUCCGUAAGGCCAUCUCCAAGGCAUCUGCGAAAAUGUCUGUUCGUCAGAUCCCAGCUUUCUGCGGUGCCACCCAGCUUGUCAUGGAGCAAUCUACCGCUGGAUUGAAGGCCGAAGAAAAAUUGGUCUUUGAUUGGUGCACGACCAAAGUGACAAAAGGUCCACUUGGCGAAGUUGAGCAAAGCUCGCGAAUAGGCAGCACAUCAGAGAUAGAAUUUACCACUAUCACGAAGCAAGAGCACGCGGCAUUCCUGAAAGGCGAGGUAUCUGCAUGGCUCGAGGAUUCGACUGGCAAGCAUAUUCACAUGGUGGGCAAAAGUGUGAGCGACCAAUGGACCGUGGAGGAAGUCUGGGGGUUCGAGCUCAUCGACGAAAAACGUUAUCACACGAAGAGAUGGGUCGCGAUCAAUGGAGAAAAGGAGACCCAGGGGCGGUUUGUGUUUGAUUAUAUUGGUACACUUUAG